GCAUAAUAAAAAAAGAAGCAGCACUGUGCUUUUAGUUAAUGCACUAAGCAAGCUUAGGUAAGCUUUAUAAUGGAGGGGUUGAGAAGGACGACUCUGUUAAGUUAUCAAUCACACCCGCUUUUUCAGUUUCCUCUACCCAUGUGAGGAUCAGCUUUUUUUAGCUGCAAACCAGGAACAUCUUUUUUACUCUCUCGCCCCCUCCCUCUAUUUUGUUUUCCUCUUAUGAAUGAUAAGUCACAUACUAGAAUAAACACGCCACUCUUUUUUUUUUGUCUCUAUUUUCUUGGAUUCUUUUCUUGAGUUCUCUAGACUUGGAGAGUGAGAGAGAGGCCAAGAUAUUUGGGAAUGGGUUUUCUUGAUUUCUUUUGGUGUUAGAGAGAGUUUGGUUUCGCUGCAAAGCAUGAAGAUGUUCCUGGUUCCAAGAUUUGGUUUGUUGUUUCUUGUUGUUUCUUUGAGCUGCUCUGUUUUAGCUCUGCCUGAAAAUGGGCCUGCUAAAGAUCCUCUCAAGUAUAUCUUAGGGCAGAAUAAUUUAGGGCCAUUUAGAAAUGGAAUCUCGGAGACUGCUGCACAAGCACCUGGGCCUUCUGAUUACGGGUCUAAUAACACACUUGUGUUGGCGGCGAAGAGGACAGAUCGACCGGACAUUCUUCACGGAUUUAAGCAUUAUCGAGGAGGUUGGAACAUCACCGAUCCCCAUUACUGGGCUUCUGUUGGCUUCACAGGUGCUGCUGGUUUUAUUCUGGCUUUCCUUUGGUUUUUUUUGUUUGGCUUUGCCCUUGUAGCACAUCAUUGCUUCAAAUGGAGAAUUAACAUUAAAGACAAAGGAUCAAGCCGAUCUCAAAGGAUUUCUCUUAUAAUGCUUAUACUGUUCACUUGUGCCGCAGCGAUUGGAUGUAUCCUUCUCUGUGUUGGGCAGGAUGACUUUCACGGUGAAGCUAUGAAUACUCUGAAAUAUGUUGUAAACCAGUCAGACUACACUGUGCAAACCCUGAAAAAUGUUACGGAGUAUCUAUCCCUUGCGAAGACCAUCAAUAUAGCCCAGCUUGUCCUUCCUUCUAACGUCAUGGAUGAUAUUGACAAGUUGAAUGUGGAUCUCAAUGCUGCCGCUGAUACACUGACAGAGAAGACUAGUGAAAAUGCUGGAAAAAUAGUGAAAGUAUUCAAUGCUGUGCGGUCAGCAUUGAUUACUGUGGCUGCAGUGAUGCUUAUCCUGGCUCUGCUUGGUUUUUUGUUGUCUAUCCUUGGACAUCAACAUGCAAUUCAUAUAUUUGUAGUGAGUGGGUGGUUGUUAGUGGCGGUUACCUUCAUUCUUUGUGGAGUUUUUAUUCUUCUCAACAAUGCGAUUUCUGACACCUGUUUGGCCAUGGAAGAAUGGGUGGAAAAUCCCCAUGCAGCAUCUGCUCUUAGCAGCAUUCUUCCUUGUGUUGACCAAAGAACAACAAACAACACACUCGUCCAGAGUAAAGAAGUCAUCACUGAUAUUGUAAAUGUUGUCAAUACCUAUAUAUACACAUUUGCAAAUGCAAAUCCAUCCCAGACUGAGUUUAAUUAUUAUAACCAAUCUGGACCUUCCAUGCCUCCUUUGUGCUACCCAUUUGACUCGCUUUAUCAAGAUCGUCAAUGCGAGCCCCGAGAGGUGUCUAUGGCAAAUGCAUCUGUGGUUUGGCAGAACUACACCUGCAUGGUUUCAUCAUCUGGGCUGUGCACAACUGUUGGUAGGGUGAUCCCUGACAUCUAUAGACAAUUGGUGGCAGCAGUUAACGAAAGCUAUGCUCUUGAGUACUACACCCCGGUUUUGCUCAGCCUCCAGGAUUGCAAGUUUGUCAGGGACACAUUCCUAGAAAUCACCUCGAGUCAUUGCCCUCCAUUGGAGCAUUAUCUGAAGAUUGUAAAUGCGGGGCUGGGCUUGAUCUCAGUAGGAGUUUUGCUGUGUCUCGUUCUCUGGAUACUAUAUGCAAACUGCCCCCUAAGGGAGGAAGUGUUUGCGAAGAUAUCCUCGCCAAUAAAAUGCAGCAGUGGCUGUACAGGUGUUAAGAUAGGUUCUACAAGUAGUGGCAAGAAUGAUGCAUCGUUGUCGAUUACAAGUGUAGUGUAGUAGAAAUCAGUGUAAGAUUAGGUUCUUUUUUCCAGUUUGUUGUAUCCCCUAUUAGGGGAAGAAACCAAGAUGGGGCGAAGUUCCAUUUUGAGUUGGAGAUCAUAGCCAUUGAAAUGUACUUUGUUACUCUUGUAUAGUGCUAAAAAUAUUUUUGUUUAA